AUAAGAAAGUUUAAUUCACAACAAUGAGAUUUCAGCUCCACGAAAAUAGUAUUUAUAAAUAUUGCUCCCUACCACUCCAUAUCUUAUGAACACUUCCAAUCUCUCCCUCUCUCUCUCUCUCUCUCUCUCUCUCUCUCUCAUUAGUCCUUAAUGGAGACAAGUAUGCACUUGUGGCUUACAAGCUCUUUUGGAGUGGCCAUGGUGGUUAUUGUGGCAUGGAGGUUGUUGAAGUGGGUGUGGGUGAAACCAAGGAGGCUUGAGAGGCACCUAAGGCUUCAAGGGAUCAAGGGAACCUCCUACAAGUUCUUUUAUGGGGAUACAAAAGAUAUGAAACAACUGGUCAAAGAAGCCAACCAAAACCCCAUCAGUAUCCAUGAUGAUAUCAUUCCAAGACUCUUGCCCUUUGUUUCUAGGUCAACCAAAACCUAUGGUAAUAUUUUCUUUGCGUGGUUGGGGCCAAACCCAAUAGUGUAUGUCCUUGAUCCCGGUCUAGCCAAAGAUAUACUCUCUAGAAUCAACGAUUUCCAAAAGCUUAGGAAAAAAAAUCCCUAUAUUAAGUUAUUAUCUCAAGGAUUAAUUGAUUACGAUGGAGAUAAAUGGGUCAAACAUCGAAAAAUCAUCAAUCCCGCAUUCCAUGCGCACAAAUUAAAGUACAUGGCUCCAGCUAUUCAUUUGAGCUGUAGCGAGAUGAUGGAGAAGUGGCAGAAGUUGUUAGCAUGUGAGCAUUCAUGCGAGCUCGAUGUGUUUCCAUAUCUUCAGACACUAACGAGCGACAUAAUCUCACGCACGGCAUUUGGUAGUAGUUAUGAAGAAGGAAGAAGGAUAUUUGAACUUCAGAAAGAACUUAUUACUUUACUAUUGGAAAUCAUACAUUCCGUAUACAUCCCUGGAUCUAGGUUUUUGCCCACUAAAAAGAACAAAAGAGUGAAAGAGAUUGAUCGACAUGUGAAGGCUUCCAUAAGAGGUAUUAUUGAGAAAAGACUGGUGGCAAUGGAAGAUGGUGAAGUUAGCCAUGAUGACUUACUAGGCAUAUUGUUGGAGUCCAAUCAAAAUGAGAUUCAAGGAAUGAGCAUCGAAGAUGUCAUAGAAGAAUGCAAGCUCUUUUACUUUGCAGGCCAAGAAACCACCUCCAAUUUGCUCGUAUGGUCCAUGAUCUUACUAAGCCAACAUCCAUCAUGGCAAGAACAAGCAAGAGACGAAGUUUUUCGUGUCUUUGGACGUGAAAAACCAGAUAUUGAUGGACUAAGUCACCUGAAGAUCGUUACUAUGAUUUUGCAUGAAGUUCUAAGGCUAUAUCCUGCAGUAUCGGCAUUAUACCGAUUGGCUAAUGAAGAAACUAAGCUAGGAGAUAUGAGUUUACCGGCUGGAACUGCAAUCACAAUACCUGUGGCUAUGUUGCAUCAUGACCAUGAGAUAUGGGGUGACGAUGCAAAUGAGUUCAUGCCUGAGAGGUUCUCUGAAGGUGUCUCAAAGGCAACUAAGGGACGAAUGUCGUAUUUCCCAUUUGGUUGGGGACCUCGUAUAUGCAUCGGCCAAAACUUUGCUUCGAUGGAAGCCAAAAUAGCAUUAGCGAUGAUUCUGCAACAUUUCACUUUUGUGCUUUCACUGUCUUAUUCACAUGCUCCUCAUUCGGUCCUUACUGUACAACCCCAGUUUGGAGCUCACUUGAUUAUAAACAGGGUUGAUCAUUAUUAAGCGAAUAUGUAUUUUCUUUGUAAUAUGAUUCUUUAUAUAUCGGUUUGAUCAAUGAUAUAUAAUGGAUGUCAUUAAAGUGAACAUAUAGGGGUUUAAUAAGAUGGUUGGGAGUAUAUGUUUAGGGCAUAUACAAUGCAAGUUGUAUAAGAGUUUAAUAAGAUAGUGACUAGGAUUGAAUGAGUUUUUAAUGGAACGUGGGUGAUGAUAUCGAGUAAAGUUGAAUGAAACAAUUGAAUAAUCAUUCAACUCUUCUAUAAGAUUCAAUAGAAAGAAUAAAAUGACGAUUAUGAUUAAAUACAUGUUUAACGGGUUGUCGGUGGUAAAAUUAAUUUUGAAUAGGUAUUUAAUGU